AUUAAGCAACCAAAUCAAACUGUACAUUGAAAGUUGGUAAACUUUUGCUUGUAUCUCUUUCGCUCUUAAGAAAAUUUUAAUGGGCCUGACAAAGAGCUGAUCGUAGUCAUAAUUUUUUUUUAUAAUUCAGUUUAUUUGUUAUUUCUUGAUCGAGCAGACCGGACAGACUUUAUAUUUUUAGUUCACAAAAACUAAAAUGGAUUCAACUUUAAGAGAGCAAGUAAUGAUAAAUCAAUUUGUAUUGGCCGCAGGCUGUGCUCAAGAACAAGCUAAACAAUUGUUACAAGCGGCUCACUGGCAAUUUGAGACUGCCUUAUCUAUAUUUUUCCAAGACAUGGCGAUACCCGCUGGUGCCAAUGGCAUUGCUGCACCUCACUACGGACAGCAAUUAAUGACACCAUGCAACACUCCAGCUACACCACCAAACUUCCCUGAUGCAUUGGCAGCAUUCUCACGACUGUCCACAACAGGGAGUCCUAACAAUGCUGGUGGAGUCUGUAUGAAUACCGCUCCACCUGUGUCUCCACUCGCUACGCAUCCUCCGCCUCCAUCUCACCAAUCUCAUGUACAAAUCAACAUGUAUCCGGGUUCUGCAAACACACCAACAAAUUACACAUCUAUCUCUUGCUCAACUGCAGUAAGUAUACAAAAUAAAGCUCCAGUAAAAAUGCUCAUGAUUUAAUAACUUGUUCAUUAUUUAAAUUACAAUAUAUGCAUUAUAUUGUUGUAAAGUUUUAAGAAACGAUAGAAAACAAAAAAUAGUUUAUCAUCAUCAUAAUUUAUCAGCACAUAGAUGUUCACUGUAGAAAUAACCCUCACCAAAUCCUUUAGUGUGUACAGCUUGAUAACACUAGUAAAGAACUGUUGAAAAAUAUAAAAUGGUUUAGCAAGCUCAUGGACUAUUUGAUGUUACAGUUAUCAACAGAGUCUAUUGAUAUCACAACGUAAAUGCUGCUGCCCACCUUGAGACAUAAUGAUUGAAGUCUAAAUUGCAAAUCCUUGAAACUGGAAUGCAUGGGAUGCAUUGCAUAAUAUUAGGAAUAAGCAAAAUUGUGAUAACCACACAUGCAUUAUACAGUACGAUCAGAAGAUAGAUCUAGGGAUUUUGGAAUUCUUUGUAAGACUACUUAGCAUAACAUUUAUUUGUCAAAUUUUAGAUGUUAUCAAAGUUUAACUUAUUUUUCGUAGCUUGAACCAGUCCUAGAAUUGUUUUUCACGAAUUGAGAUAAAGCCAAACAGCUGCAUUUCCUUAAGAAAAAAACAUAAACAAUAUUAUAAAGAGAAUAAAACACCCGGAAGAUUAAACCCUGAACCUGUCUUACUUUCUGCAAUUGUAACUUUUAAAUAUCCUCUGUACUAAAUGCACAUCGAAACUUUAAAUAUAUUUCUAACUUGGUUUUUUUAUUACUUUUCAGAUGUGCAGUGAACAUAUGCCAAGAUAAAUGUAGCAUAUUAGUUUAAAAGCAUCCAUAAUUUAUUUUUUUAAUGGUGCACAAUGUGAGCGGUGGAGCUGUGUAUGAAAUGUACAUACAUUAAUCAAUGAGACCCUACUGCAGCGAUUACUUGCAGAACAUUAUUUAGGGUACUGUACUGUAGUCAAUCAUGUUAAAUAAUAUUCUAAAAGUCUUAUCCGUUUAUGUGCAAUUGUAAUGAAUAAUGCACCUCAAAAUAUAUAGAUUGUGUUAAUUUUUCUGAUCAUAAUUUUUGAUUUUAUUAUAUAUUAUAGUGAAUGAAAUAAUUAAUCAAUGAAAAACUGCAAAUGAUUAUUGUACUUCCUCAAUAUACAACUAAUUAGAUAAUAAUGUAAUGUACACAUCAUUCAUUGUUUGUAUUUACAUAGUAAAUGUAUUACACGUUGUUAGACAAUUUAUGUAAAAGUUGCUCUAUUAUGAUAAGAAUAAUAUUUUAUAAUAGCAUUAAACACCAGUCCACGCUGCAUAUCUGUAUAAAUUAGCGUUGAUAUUACCUAAGUAUAUUAUUUUAGUGUUUAUCCUUACUUUUCUAAGACAUUGCUUUAUUUCAGUAGAAAAUUUAAAUUUAAAUGUUUUAUACAUUUUCUGUAAUGUAUAGGUAUAUAAUCUUGUUUAAAAAAAGACAUAAAUCAAGAAAUUACCAAAACCAGAUUUGCCUGUUUAUAAUAUAAGAUUAAAACAUAAUAUAUGUUUUAGAAAAUGCUGAA